UAAACAUUUUCAUUACACGUCAAAUCACAUACAAUCGCCUUGAAAAUUUUGUUCAAAUGGGCAAGACAACAGGGCUUUGUUUCAGAUUUUUUUUUUCCUCAGAGCAAAAAGAUAAGCACUCAACUCCUUUCUCCUUGGCAUCUCCUUUUUUUGUUUCUCUUUCCGUCUUUCCAGUCCUUUCCUUUCAUCUUUUCUUGACCUCAGCCCAUUACACUCUUUAACAUCCUAUAUCAACUCUGCGCUCCUUCAGAGACUUCAGCCUACUAAUAACUCCAAUAAAUGGAAAAAUUCUCCUCAACCUCAUCGUCAGUCAGUAGCUUCUCCACUAUGCUGAGUUAUUUCGCAAAAUAUAACAAUAAACGAACGAUGAUGGUGGUACUCUGUAUUUUCACAUUUUUCUCAUUGGGACUAAUUACAUUAUCUGGGACACAGCAGCAAGUCUUAUGUCGGAGCGGCACCCUUUCUUCAUCUUACAGCGACUCUACAACAUCAAGUCAAGACAGCUCCAUGGCCGCUGGCCGUGUCAAAUUUAUUGAUUUGAAUCAAUUGGAAGCAACGUCUACUGCCAAAGAGAGAGGAGAGAAAGUAUUGAUUCUCACUCCUCUGAAAAAUGCAGCCAAAUACUUGGAUCGUUAUUUUGAAUUGAUCGAUAAACUGACUUAUCCAAAGCACCUCAUCAGUAUUGCAUUUCUGGUGUCUGACACAACAGAUGAUACUGUGGACAUUAUACGACGAAAAGCCGAUGAUAUGCUAAAUCGAUCCGUGAAGAGCAACGAAAAUAACGAACGAAAUGAUAAUAGAUACACGGAACGCUACGAUUCAGUCACUAUAUUUGAAAAAGAUUUUGAUUUUGAUUUACCGGAAGACAAGCGACAUACUUUUGAACUGCAACCUUUAAGACGCUCGUUCAUGGCUAGAUCACGUAAUUAUCUACUUUCAGCUGCCUUACGCGAUGAUCACGCUUGGGUGCUUUGGUUAGAUGUGGACCUGGUAUAUUAUCCCGACACAAUCAUCGAAGAUUUACAAAGUGUGGAUGUUGAUGUCGUUGUGCCAAAUUGUUUGAGAGAGACCGACGACGGGUCUUUUUGGGGUUACGACAAGAACAAUUGGCAAGAAACAGACAAAUCUCUAGCCAUUCAAUCCAAAUUGGAUCCAGAUCACGUUUUGUUGGAGGGUUAUUAUGAAUUUUUGACUGAAAGGUAUCUGAUGGUUGAUAUGCCCACUCAUGGAGAUCCGUUACGAAAAGUUCCCUUGGAUGGCGUCGGUGCGACUUUCACACUGGUUAAAUCACACGUGCACAGAGAAGGUGCCAAUUUCCCUCCUUAUGUGUACAAGCAUCAAGUGGAAACAGAAGGCUUUGCAAAGAUGGCAAAAGCUAUGGGUUUUGGAGUUUAUGUCAUCAUCCUACUAUUUCCUAUUACUUUGAUUUGCAUUUUUUAAACUCAUAUUAUCUUUUCAUAUCGUAAAUGGUUUUACCGUUUUUUGCGUUUUUACUUUGUUUGACAGAUACAAUAACUUAUUCUAGCUUUUUGAACUUCCUUUAAUGUAAUUAUAUUUUUCAAAAUCAUUCCCAUCCUCCUGCCCCUCCCCCUUAAAUAUCUUUUUAUGACACGUUAUUAGCAUAGACUGUAUAUUAAAUAUAGACUUUUUCCUAUAUCAACUUUAGCUUUGCUACAGGAGCCAAACUUUCAAUAAUAUUUUUCUUAUUUCUAAUCUUGCCAUUUGGUAUCUGAAUUCAACAACCCUCCCAAAAUUUCAGCCGCUAUUAUUGCGCGAAAUGCUCGCCGCGUUAA